ACGCUCUGCGCACACUCAUAAAGUUACUUACUUCCGGUAUUGGAUUUCCGGACAUUUAUCUAACAACAUCGGCUUAAAGAUGCAGAAAGAAGAGAAACAGCUGGAGCUUGCAUUAGAUGCACUUAUACAGAGAGUGCAGGACUUGAAAAACUCUCUGGUUGCUUUUUUAUCCAAGCUGGAAAAUGAGUACCAAACAAUGAGCUGGCCUUCAGUACUAGAUAACUUUGCCCUGUUGUCGGGACAGUUGAAUUCCCUUGGAAAGCUUCUGAAGAGUGAAAAGGUGCCAAUCCUUAGAAACCAGAUCCUGCUGCCCCUGGCCCUGUCCCCAGACAGGGACCAAGAACUUGAGAAACUAACAGAGAGGAGAGUGUUUGCAUUCAACCAUGAAGUUGUACCAGACUACUUGCGAACCAAGCCAGAACCUGACGUUGAGAAAAAGAUCCAGGAGUCCAGUGUCAGAGCCACUAUC